GAUUUUUGUAAGGGUUGGGGUACUACCCGGGUGCCCAAACCGAAGCGGGUGGUUUUCCUAGGGGGCCACACCCCAAGCCUUUGGCCUAAAGAUCUAAUCUACAAGGUAGUGGAGCAACGUUACAAGAUGGCAGUCCCAUGGUAGCCAGUGACCAAUAAUUGAUUCAUGCGCCAUUUGUUUCUUUAGGAUCUUGGAGCCCAUGUACACCAUUGGUUUGGAAUCAGUGUUUUCCAACUCCUCUAGGUAGGUCCUCCGUGUCCGGCAACUCGGUUAAAGUGCCGUUGCUAUGUUUAAAGCGAUUACGAGUUCACCUAGUCUGCAAAAGAAACAAAGACUGUGACCAAAGACUAAUAAGCUAGGUAUUCCGAUGCGUCCCAGCCCUGCUAACUAGAAAGAGAAGUCCAAAUUUGAAACGGGGAAAUAUAUUCUGUAAGCAGCUAGAAGCACGAGCAACCACGAAAGUCACAAAUCAAACGUAUAUAUACAGCAUAAAAUUGCCCUUUGGAAGCGUUACAAAAUAGCAUACUAAAAGAUACAACGAACCAAUAGCGUUUAACAUUCUCACAAUGGGAAAUACGACAUGAAGGUGAAAAUGAACGCUUUUGGCUGGAAAACAGGAAAUCCAAAUUUUCAAAAUAAAAUUACAAAAACAAGGUAUUUACCAAGUGAGUUCUGGGGAUCUAACAUUCCCAACAGUCGGACAUUCGCUUUCCGUCCUCUCAAUUUCGUAAACAACGCCCUCGCUGCGAGAAUUCGGUGAGUAGAACUUUCCUGGCAGUCGUUGUAUGCAAGUGGCCAUAUAAGAGCAUUUCGAGAGGAAGAGCUGACUCUCCCCACCUUCGUCCGUCCCAGGAACACUUGGGGGUUUGGGUAUAAAAUCGAUUAUCUAAUCCACAAAAGAAAACUGAAUUUUAAGAUAGAACAAUCGACCAACUAGUUAAAUGGAUAAUUGACUUUAAGCUAUCAUUUAUAUUAUAAGAUAUUCAAACAAAAAAGUCUGACUAUGUAUAGGGCAAUAAAUAUUAAAUUAAGAAUAAGAAAAUUGGUAAUCAUGUCAUAAUGAAUAGUCAUUUACAUUUACUUAUAUUAAUUUCAAUAAUAGUUUAAUUCAUCAGUAUUCAAUACAAAAAUGUAAUAUUGGACUUGUUUCACUAGUUCUGUUCCUUUGGGUUGGAUCUUACAGAGAAAAAAAAACUCACUAGAUUUUUUGUUUACCUUUCUAUUAACCAUCUUAGUUAAUCAUUCAAUACUCAAUCUUUUGGUUGUUUUUUUCUUUUUAAUAAAAUGUUUGCUGAAUUCUUCUGUUAGCAUCAUUUUCCACACAAUGCUGAAUACAAUAAAAAUAAUUUAGGUAAGCUGAACUAAUUAAAACAAUUUUUUUGUAAGUUUUAUUCUCUUGAUAUAUUUUGAGUAGUAUAAUAUUUUCACGUUAAAAUAGUAUUUGAUUUUUGAGAAAAAGAAAUGCUUUUUUGUUGAUUCUUGAUUGAUAUUGAAUAACUAUCGAAUGCAUUGAUAACUGAAAACACUGAUUAUUAAACAAAAUUAGUGUAAUAUUCUGUCAAAGGAAAAAGAUGGAUGCGCACUGCUGAGGAGUUUCAUACAAGGACAAGACGGCAGUCCAGUGCUUCCAGGUUUUCCAUGGUGGCCUAGCUUCAAUUGACUCAUGAAUUCAACUAUGUAAAUAAAGUUGUCAUAUUUAUGUAUAUGACCGUUGUUGCUACCUUGACGUGGUGGUCGCUCUUGCCUAUUGUGAUGAAGCAACCGAGCUAUACUGGCUGGAACAACCGUUCCUCAAGGUCCUACCAUGCCAGACAGGUCGGUUGAAGAGCGGUAAGACUAAAAGCAACAAACCUAAGGUCCGAAGGCGAAGUCGUACUGCUGACUGUACAGAGGUGUGACAGCAGUAAGGUGUUUCCUUCAGACAACCAGUAUGGCAGCGAUGCUGCCUCCCCACAAGGAGGAGGGGUGAGGUUAGAAAAGGUCGACCCUAAAAAUGAAUACCUCGCCUUAUCCCACGGAUAUCCGUCUCCGGCGGUAAGGCAUCAACAAGUACAUAGCUAACACAAAUAUAACUCACAAAAAGGUCAUGUGUGACCGACCUCAAGCAGUUGUCCCUUGAGCACUGCGGUCAGUCUCUCAGGUCACUAAGACCAUCUCCAAUCCAAUUUCCUUUUCGGGUACCUCCAGAAGAACCCUUCCACGGUGUGGGCAACCGGGAAGUGAUAACCUCCCUCAUAACUCUAACAGCACUCAAGACCACUGUAUUCAUAAUCAGCCUCCCUCUCCAAUUCCUAUUAUUCCUCCUACAUCGAUUGACUUGAUCAGUCACAAGUAAACUGAAGUUCGAAGUGUGGACUAUUUAAAUCUGAUCUAAUGUUCUAGAGAUAUCAAGCUCAUUGGAAAAUUUGAAAGUUCCAAUUUUACUCUUAAAUAGUAUUGUAUUUAUAUACUAAUGAGAAGUUCUAGACCAAGAGAACACUUUAUGCAGAGUUCUCUUAUUUUUAGUCUUCUGUCUGACGUCAUAUUAUGGGGAAAAUUACCUUCAUGUCAAUAUCCGAACACAUGUACCUCGCUGUUUCUGUAAAAUUAUAUUAGAGUUGAGAAAAUUUAUGGGAUAAAUUAAGAGUUUUUAACAUUUGUAUUUGACUGGUAUGAUGACUACUUUGAAGCAAUUCAAAUGGUCGGCAGAUCAUAAAAAGAGUUCUCAUUAGCAUUUAAUCAUUUUAUUUUCAUUAUAUGGUUUUUUCCUUCCCUCUUCAGGUUAUAGCACAGUUUCGACUUUACAUUCUCAAUCUUCCUGGUUAAAUGAUAGUUACAGAUCAAUACCAACCAUUGGACAAACAUCGUCAACGUUGCAUCGUUGCGAUAAACGUCUUGUACCUGGUUCAGUGUCCAUUUAUGAUCGUGAUCCAGAUGAACAAAGUCAGGAAGCUUUAAAACAAUUUUUAAAAUAUUUAGAUGAUUCAAGUGGAACUAACACACGAGUCAGUUGUUAAUAUUAGUUUAUCUACAAAAUAUUCCUUGUUAUUAUUUUUGUUCUAUAAAGUAAACUUAAUUAACUGGUUUAUUUGUUAGUUUAUUGUUGAGAUGUGUUCAAUUUUAGAUGGUUUUCUUCUUACAUUGAUUUUCGAUAAUCAAUUAUGGAGAAACGGAAAACACUAAUUAUUUGUUUCAUUCUAUUUUGGAACUUACCAAUAUUGUGUAUCCUUCUAAUCAAACAAAGAAUCAAAUUGAAAAAAAACAUCAGGCUUAUGGCGAAUGCGUUGCUUUUAGAUCACUGAGUUUGAAAUUUAAUGGUUUAUAAUUCUGGUAACAGUUGGUUUAUGGUGUAACUUGACGAUCAUUCAGUGCCAUUGACAGAUACCUCUUUCACUCUAAUGUGAUUGGACUCAAUCCGUUAUAGUUUUUUACUUGAACUUCAGAAGUUUUCAUUAAAGUUUAUCACUAGUUAGUACAUGAUUGUUAUUUAUUUGUUUGACUAUGAUGAUUAAUUGGAUUCUGAAAUAUUAUUAAAUAACUGCGAUUUUUUUAGUCUUAAUAAGUAUAGACAAAAACAGGAUUUAUGGUCUGAGCAACCGCCAAUAUUAUUCUCAUUGUUGAAUCGGAGAAAAAAUCAGGGUUCUAUUUUCAUUGAUAUUGCUCCUACACCUUUUUGAAAAGUGUCAAAGUGAAUAAGAACUGGUUUUAGAGCUCUGUACCCAGUGGUCUUGAACUACUUAACGCAAGUUUCCUUUCUUACAUCAAAUUCUAUGUAAUCUCCGAUGUAAGAACUGGAGAGUUGUUUAUCAACCCCUAGUUCUGUAAUUACCAUCAUGCUUGAUGAAAAAUGUUCCCAAAUUAUAUUAUUCUUCACAAACAUUACUCUUGAUGAAAUAUUUUAAAUUAAUCAAAAGGAUAAUGUGGUUGCAUCCAGAGUAUUAGGCUAGCUUUGACGCACUAUAAAUAGUACUGUGAAUAUCAUGUCACUUAGAAAACAUCAAUAAAAGAUUAUUUUACUUUAUAAUCAGUCUUCCAUAUUUAUCCACCAUUUGUGUAUAUUUUACUUAGUAUUAGUUCUUUGUUGCAUGCACUUUUUUAAUCCUAAAUUUGACCCAACUAUAAACUCAAAUAGUUUCAUUCACUAGUCAUAAUGAUGUGUUGGUUGAUAUAUAAAAGGUAUCUGUCGAAGUUUUGUAUAUCAUAGUUCUGCAUAAUGUGACUGUGCCGAUAUUCAUUCAUAUUGACAUCUUUAUUAAACAUGGGUUUCGAAUUCGAAUUUAGAGGAACUAUUGGCGGCCUGUUUGAAUAUUUGGGUAACCUGUUCCUGUCAUCUAGAUAUUUUAAAAAUUUAUCUGAUUUUUAUUUGUUUUAAGACAUCAUUAUGUCUAUUAAUCGUAUAACCUAUUCAGGCGCGUUAAUGAAAAGUGUACGACUUUUCGCUGUACAAGUUACAGAAAAGUACAAUCAGAGAUAUUACGGUGGCUGGCAAUAUGCAUCGACAUGAAUAAACAUUAUUCAGAUGUCGAUUCCUGAGUUGCUAACGUCUAACUGGCAAUCACUCAAUGUUUACCAUCCGGAUCGAUCAAGAAAUAAGAAAAGGAAACUUGUUGAAAUACUUAGUACUGAGAAUUCUUUAUUGUACCAAAAUAUAAUAUUGAAUAAAGCCAUUAUUAAUAAUAAUAAUAAUAAUAAUAAUAAUAAUAAUAAUAAUAAUAAUAAUAAUAAUUUAAAGAUCAAUAGAAAUGCAUUAAUUUCAACGACAGCUUCCAGCAGAAGUAUAUUUUAGUUGAAAACUUAUUCAAGGAAAGUAAAUUGGAUAGUUGUUGUUUAAUACUUCUUGACACUUUAAUUAAUGAUCUAACUUAAGUAAGAAUUAAAUCUGUAUCGCUUGUUAAUUAUUCGGUUAUUAUACAUUGUAACUAUGAUAUUGAUAUGAAGUUUAUUAACUAUGACUAAUAAGUAUUUGUCAAUACUUUAACACUUGACUGACUUCUUAAUUCACUGUAUUUUUUUCUCUAUCAGAAACUCUGAGAACUCACCUUUCAGAGGAUUCAUUUUGUUACUUAAUGGGUGGUUUGAAAUUUACUGAUGAAGCACCAAAAACGUUUGACUAUGCAAUCAUUGUUUAAUAUGUCUUUUUAUGACACUAUUUUGUCAUGAAACUAUCUGUAUUAAUAAACAGUGUAACUAAUUUAGGAAGUACAAUUUUAACCAUUCAGUUUUGAGCGAUAUGUUUGAUGCCAAAGUUAAUAAAGCUACUAGAACCUAACCAAAACGGAUGGAGAGGGGUUCAAACUUACAAAAAAAUGUGUUUUGACUACAAAACCACUGUAGAUCAUUCAACCCUUUAAAAGUCAUUAAUUAAAAUCUAUUUCCACUAAUAAAUUAAUGUUUCUUUUUAACCUUUUGAAAAAUGUUUUUAGAUGAAUUCAUUUCAUUAUCAAUAAUUAUAUUUAAGUUUUAAUUUAACCUUUCAGCCAAGUUCAGCUGUUCCUCCUCAAAUUUCAAAUCAUAAACAAUUUGGAAAUCAUGAUUUCUUAUUACCUGUAAGACCAAAUUCCGGUGGUUUAACAAUAAGUCCAUGUAUAGAGAAACGACCACAAUCAAGAUUAAGCUCAGAUAGAUAUACUGAAUGUAUGGAUUCACCAAUUUCUGGUCGAUCUUCUCAUUCAAGUUCAAAUGGUGUAAAAUCUCAAUUAAUUAAUCAAACUCAUCAUUUUCCACACCGAAUCGAUAAACAUAUUCUUAAUUUCACAGAAAAUAUAAGUACAAAUGAAAAGAAAUUUCAUUUAAAUAACACAAAUGGUUGGUUGAGUAACGAUGAUUCACAUGAUCGUUCAAUAUGUAGUAGUAAUAGUAGUAGUAAUGGUAUGAAUAGUCAAAAUCUUCCAUCAACAGAAAGAUGCGAAAAACAAAUUAGUGAGAUUGUACAAAUUAAAGCAACUACUGAUGAAUCAAAUAUUGUAAUUCAUAAAAACAUUAUAUCAGACACACCAACUAAUAUCAGUACAAGUUCACCGAAACCAUGUCUAUCCAGAUCCUCAUCGUUGUGUUACAAUAAACUCAAUGAUCCAAUAUACGUGCAACGUGCUUUGAAUAGUAUGGCUAGUAGUAAUGCUAAUAGUUGUCAAUCUACUCAAAUAAUAAACAAUCCAUUGACAAAUAGAUGUGAUGAUAAUCCUACCAGUAGUGGUACCGUUGGAUUGAAUAAUUCCAAAUAUUUUAACAACCCUACUUAUAUCCAACAUACAGGAAAAUCUUUCGAGUUAAAUACAAGUUCAAAAUCCGAAAACAAUAAAAAAUCUAUGCCAUCAACGAAUAGUAGUUAUAAUAUAAAUAGUAUGGCUAGUAAUUGUACUGAGUCCAUCCCAAUAUUCGACCAUCAUAAAACAUCGAAUAUGAGUAAAUCCGCUUUAUUACGAGAACAAUUCUUCAGUUCUAUGAUAGGUGAAGCUGAUCGUAAUCAACAAACGCAACAACAUCAGUCUUUAGAAUCUUCUUCAGAGUUGCCUAGGAAACCAAAAGUUCUACUGCAAUACAGAGAUUUGUGAUUUAUAUUAGGGAUGAAACAUUCUAUGUACAUCGUUUAUUUACUCCAUUUUUACUUUUUCAUAAUACAUUUGUGAAUAUCCACACAUAGUAUAUAAAAAAAAGUUAUUUCUUAUUAUCUAGUAACUAUAUAUUUUUUAUAAUAUAGCUGUGCACAGUGUUUUUCUCUUUUUUUGAAUAUUUAAUUGCACACUUCUUUGAUCUCACUCUACUAAACAUAGAUACACGACCCAUGUCUUCCUUCCGCACUGUUCGUAAUGCAAGGACAGUCAUUAUGACUGGUUUCGUUUUAAAUCUUGUUUAAAAAUGCGUGGUGCGUAUUUUGAAAUUUCUUACAAUAGACUGAAAUUUGAAACUUUUUAAGAAUAGUGCAUAAAUCACUUUAUUAUUAUAUUUGAAUGCACUUGAAAUCAUAUUAUCCACAGAAUUUCCAUGUACAGUUAAUUAAUUAUUAUUGCUUUUGUUUAAUAUAAAGGAUAUUAUAUACUUACAUAAAUAUUUACACGCUUUUGUUCAAUAUCCAGUUUAAUAAUCAUGGGAAUUUUUGUGCUUCAACUCUGAAGAUACAUUUUGAGUAAUUGUUAUAUAAUCAAGUACAGACGAACAAACAUUGCACUUAGAUCAGUACGUAUUUUGUAGUUACAGACAGAACCGUGUUGUCUAAACCAAGAUAGAUGAAUUCUACUGAGAUUAUAAUUUCAGUUGGUUGAAAAUCAAAUUCUAAUACCAUCAAGCCAUAUCUCUACACAUUUAUUAAUAUGUACAAAUAAAUGAUACUACUUGUUUGAAAUAAUUAAAACGAUAG